CACCACAAAUACUUCCUGAACUCAUCAAGAGUGGGAGAUCUCGAGGACCCUGAAUUUGCUAUCAACUUGAGACGAAGAGCAACAAUACAAAAUACUGAGAACGAAGGAAAAGUCAGGAGAAUGCCGACAACUACAGCACACACAAUCUCACCAACCACAACAAUCACCGCCGCAUCAACACCAUCUUUCCUCCUCGGCCCAUUAACUACAACCUUCACUGCCCCCAGCCAAUGCAGUCAGGCUUAUUGGGCCUCUGCAAGUGACAGAGUCUACAAUCCCACUCUGGGCCAGACAUGCGCUAGUCUGAGUGGAGGGGAUAUUACCUACACCCAGGACAAUCACUGUCUUCCUCCAGUGAACAAAUCUACGAUUAUUGGAAGUUUGGUGGGUGCUUCGACGAUUACAACUACGAGUUAUCAAUAUACGGGAUACUAUUCGCCUGGUAUCGCGUGUCCGGCUGGUUAUACGACUGCCUGUGCGGCACAGGCAGGUACUGAUGGGAUUCAAUCGGUAUUGUCUGGAUGGCAGAGUUUCGACUUUGUGUAUUCUGCUACUGCUGCUGAGACGGUGGUGGGAUGUUGUCCACGAGGAUACCAAUGCCAGCAGCUUGCUUCCAGUCAAUGGUGUCAACAAGUCAUACCCACCACCACCCAGCCUGUAAUCACCUGUCUGAACGUCACAAAUAGUGCUUCACCAUCCACAACGGAGUUCACAUUGCCGACAAUGGUCACUUUAUCAACUACACAGACACUGCUUUCAUCGGUUGUAACGUCAACAUUCUCUCUCACGACUCUCUCCCUGCUUGCAACAAUGGUACAAAUCAAGUUUCAAGCUACCGAUCUCCCUUCUUCUUCUUCUUCUUCUUCUUCUUCUUCUUCAUCGUCAUUACCAACUACAACCGGCACAUCAUCAAGCGGAAACAACCACAAAACAACCACAAUCGCAAUCGCAGUCGUUAUCCCCUGCAUAGCACUCAUAGCAGCAGCAGGAUUAGCAUGGUUCUGGUAUCGACGAAAGAACCCCAACAAACGAAAUACAGCCUCCUAUCAAACGGCACAGUCUGAACCAUCAGAUAUGUACUAUCACCAUGCAAGUGGAGCUUUUACAGAAGUUUCCGGGGAGCCGGUUAGGUCUGAGAUGGCGGGAAGCGCGCCGCAGUAUGAGAUGGAUGGGACGCAGUCGAAGACGGUGGCGUAUGAGAUGGAUACUGGGGAUGAGGUGGCGCGGUAUGGUAGAGAGCAGAAUCGUAGUUUGAAGUAGGCUGUGCAUUAAAGGGGAUAAUGUGUAUAUAGGAGAAAUCGUGCAUGCAAUCUGACCUGAUGUCUGGACAG